CUGUUUUUAUCAGAAAUCACGCGUUCGUUCGUUUCGCUCGUCAGUGCUUCGGUUGCUGCUUCAGUUGCUGCUUCUGCUGCUGUUGCUCGCUCGACCGCUUCAUCGACCACUGUCACUACUGCUGCUACUGCUGCUGCUGCUGCUGCAUUGUCAUCGUCCGCUGCAGUCGCCUCGCUCAAAUCCAAUCACCAGCACUGGUUUGCAAGCAAUCUCAGUCAACGUCGCUUUGCAUCGCUUGCAUUGGUUGCAGCUCAACGCACUCAAGCUCAACCUCAACCUCAAGCUCAGUCUUCUUCUUCUUCUUCUUCUCAUUCUCAUCCAACUGUCACUGCGACUGCGAGUGCGACUGCGACUGCGAUCGCUGCAACUGCUCAAUCCAUUCAAUCCAUGUCAACCCGCUCAAAGCGAUCCGCAACUGCCGCCGCGCUGGACGCCACUCCCGCAUCCACCUCCGCUGCUUCCACUGCUUCAGCUUCCACUGCUGCUGGGCGCCGAAGCAAGCAGCCGCGACUGGACGUUGACCUGACUGCCGACGACCAGCCUGCUGCUGCCGUCUCAAUUAGCAAGAAGAAGUCCUCCUCCGCUGCUGCCUCUGCUCCCUCUGCCGCUGCCGCGACGCCGAUGGACACCAAGUGGGACGCAUCGACGGACGACGACGACGAGCCAGUCGCAGCCGCGGCCGCCAAGACCCAGCGCAGCGUUGCGUCCGCGCUGAUGCCCCGAGCUUCUGCUUCUACUUCCGCUGGGAUUGCUGGCAAGUGGACGAUGGUGGCUGGAUCGCUGCUCCGGUUUGACCCAGACGACUUGGUCCACUCGAGCAAGAUUAUCGGGUUUGACCUCGACGACACGCUCAUCACCACAAAGUCGGGCAAGUCGUUCGCGGUCAACUCUGGCGACUGGAAGUGGCUGCAUCCCGACGUUCCGACCAAGCUGCGUGAGCUGCAUGCCAACGGAACCAAGCUCGUCAUCUUCUCCAACCAGAAGGGCAUGACCGGCGGCCAGGUCAACCCGGAGGACUGGAAGAGGAAGGUUUCCGCCAUUCUCGCCGACCUGGGCGUGCCGAUGCAAGUGUUUGCCGCCAUGGGCACCGACCAGUACCGCAAGCCGUCGACGGGCACCUGGGAGCUGCUCACGCUCGGCACUGCCAACGGCAAGGUUCCGGUUGACGCAAGCGUCGCGCUGUACAUUGGCGACGCCGCGGGCCGCGCGGCCAACUGGGCUCCCGGGCGCAAGAAGGACUUUUCCGACUCGGACCGCAAGUUUGCCCUCAACCUCGGCAUCGGCUUCCACACUCCGGAAGAGUUCUUCUUCAAGCACCAGCCUGCCCCGUUCAAGCUCGCCGGCUCCGACCCGAAGGAGUUUGUCAACGCCUUCAAAAACCUGCCGCUCUUCACGCCAACCACGGCCUCGCUGACCGCGCCCAAGCAGGAGCUGAUUGUGAUGACGGGCUUCCCGGCCUCGGGCAAGUCGACCUUUGUCCGUCAGAAGCUCGUUCCCGCAGGCUACGUCCACAUCAACCGCGACACGCUCGGAACCUGGCAAAAGUGCGUCGCCGCCACGCGCGACGCCCUGCGCGCGGGUAAGAGCGUCGUGGUCGACAACACCUCGCCCGACACCGAGUCCCGCGGGCGCUACGUCGCCGAGGCCAAGGCGCUGGGCAUUCCCGCUCGCGCGUUCGUGAUGAACACCACCUACGAGCACGCCCUGCACAACAACGCCUUCCGCGAAGCGACCGAUCCCACCCACGAGCAUGUCUCGCGCAUUGGCUUCAACAUGUACCGCUCAAAGUACUCCGACCCCACGGCGGCUGAAGGCUUUACCGAGGUGCUGCGCAUCAACUUUGCUCCCGCGUUUACCGAUGCUGAUCUUCUGCGGCGCUACUCGCAGUGGAUGCACUCGUAA